AUGGACGAGUUGCUGCGACAGAACGCGCAUCGGAGCUCAGCCGACGCUUGUAGCACUGUCUUGAUCAUGUCGGCGGCAGCCCAGUCGCGUUCACCUUCGCCCAAGCGCCCACCGCAACAGCAACGCGCUGGCGGCAUAGGUGAGCUGUCGUCUCCCAAAUUCUCCUUUCGCGCCGCACUCAUCCAACACAAAGCAUCCAAGCUCGCCUCAAAGACGACAGCGGCGACACAUCCAGGUACAAUUUCCAGCACAACACUGCAAGCUCAGCUGCAACCACCGCAGCAAUCGACACUUCAGCCAAGUAGCAUCAGCCGACCCAUCCGCGGCGUCAACACCAGCAAUAUCCCUUCUCUCAGCGGCAGAGGCAGAUUCAAUUCGACGUCCAUAGACUCGAGUUUCACUGCCGCGCUGCCGGCACGCAGAGAUGUCGACACCAGCCUCGAGGCGGUCCGCGCUUCGUCUGCGCUUGGAAAGCGAACGAUGGAUGAGCACAUCACGGCCGAUUCGCCAGGAGAUAGCAGCAUGAUGAGCGACUUUGGCCCAGUGAUGCGAAAGUCAACCACAAACGGCCCGAUCGCCAAAAGCCUAGCAUCCAGCUCAACCCGGUCCCGCAUCGCGACAUCGAAGCUUCCUGGUCCUCCCUCCGCCCGAUCACAAUGGAACAGCGCAACCGCAUCAAACAAGUCGAUGCCUUCGCCUUCCUCAUCCAAGGCUCCCCAUAAGAUUCGAAGAUCCGAUGGUGUGGCUGAAGUACACGCUCCAAAUGCUUCAGUCUCACCACAGAACGCCACGAUCUCUUCGACCCCGGCACCUCCAGGAGCAAGGAUCGGCAGCAAUCCCGGCAGUGCAAGACACCGUACUAUCAGCGCUUCGACGCGUCCGAUUCUCUCAUCGCAGCAACACAAACCAAUGAUCGGAACGCUGCCGAAGCCCAAGGCCAAGAGUGCACCUAUCAAAACGCUGCUCGACGAAAAGCCGAUCCAGCUGCUCAGACCCGCCUUGCUAGGCGGUCUACCCAACGAAGACGACGACGAUACGGACUCCGACGACGAUGAUGACGAAGAUGAGCGGGGUGGCGACGAAGAUGCUCUGGAAGGUCCUGACGUUUCGAGGAUUCGCACUAGGCGCGUUACGAGCUACCGUGCAGACGACAAGGUUACUACCGGGGCACUCGACACAACACAGACCAAUAUGCUUCCUCCCGCUCGAACAGUUGAGAAGGCCUCAAGGAUACCCAGCAUCGGCAGCAAUACCCUGGCGCAAGCGGGGAAGCGACCUCAUCGGAGAUCAUCAAGCAACAGCGUCAACACGGCUUUCGCCACUGCAGCGAACGAGAAGGAGAACAUAUCGCAAGCACCUGCCGGCUUACAAGCACAAUCAAUUCACGGAUCCAAACGUAACAGCAUCGGCGCUGUCUCUCUGAUUCCCGGUCGAUCUCGCACCAGCCUUCCUUUGGCAGUCACACAGCUCGCUGCUUCACGGCCGAGAUCACUCGGGCCAACUCCGGCAUCAACGGAAUCGACCCAUGUUCCAGAGACAGUCAAUCCAGAGGCAGUCCAGACAGUCGAGAGCAUUCCCGCUUCGCCGACCAAGACGUCAUCCCUCUCUGCCCUCCGCUCCCGAGGCCUGCAGACCGACUCAGCGAAGCCAAGCAAGCCUGACCCGAGUAGUGCAUCUUCCAUCGCUUCUCGCGCGAGCAGACAAGAUCUCGGUAUAAGGGCGUCCAUCAUCCAAGCGAAUCCAGUCCACCCUUCCAUCCUCGCGCUCCAGGCGGCCAAAGCUACCCAGCAUCAACCCAUCAGCACACCAGAAGCGCUAAACAAGGCCAAAAAGAGGCUCAGUGGUGCGCUCCUGACUUCAUCGUCCUCUUCCUCCAGUGUCAGCGCUGGUGCAACAAGCGCCUCACCCUCAGAGCGUACUUCGAGUCUAGCAAGAUCGACUUCUAUCAACAGAUUCGGUUCUCUCAAUAAAAUGCAAAGCGCACCACGUACUGGGCUCAAGCAGAUGGGCGGAGCAGGAGUACCAGAGGGCCAGGCGAUGACGCCUUCCAGCUCGACUUCGUUCAUGCCACGUAGUGGCUCCAGAUCCCCGAUCAAGUCUUCGCUCUUGCUUUUCCCUGCUGCAGUGUCCGGAGAAGCAAACGCACAACGCGAGAGGACGCCAGCUUCGCCGACCAAGGCUCUUGUUCGCAGCAGCGCACUCGAUCGGCACAAGAGCAUCCCUUCAUCAAGCGAGAUCGACGCAAAUCUCCUCGCGAGUCUCCGGGUCGUCGCACAGAAAGCCAACCUCAAGGUCGGAGACUUGAUGGACGAAGAAAAGAGGCUGAAGCAUCAGCAGCAGCCCCAAAACGACGCUGCUGCCGAGACGGCCACAGAGCCCUCGCGUCCAGGCACGGCGUCAGCACCGAUGCGAUCACAAAGAGAAGCCUCGGAAGAGCUAGAGGCUUUGGCCGGUGACGUGUCCGUCGAUCUCAUGGCACUGGAUCUGGCUGCCGGCUCUCCCGCUUCCGACAUCAGCAUGCUCAGGUCGCCCGCGCUGCGUGAUGGUGGCAUAUAUCUGGAUACUCCGCCGAGCGUGCUGGCUGCGAUGGCGGCGCCAAAACCAGCAUUCACCACGUCUCAACUUGGCAGUGAUACGGCGGAAGGGAUUGCCAAUGACGACGGUGACACAACGGCACACAUCGAAGACGACGACACAGACACUUCGUGCGCGUCCCCGUCUCUGCGAGCCGCUGCUGCCUCUCAACGUCAUCCUCGUCAACACGGAGCUGCAGUGCCUGAGAGCAGCGAAGGUCCAGCAGAGACGCCAGUGCGGCGUCAAGGAUAUCGAAACGUGCCCUCGAUCCCCUCAACGCCCUUUCCCACCGCCGGUUCUCAGCCCGGUAUGACUCCAUCUAGAAGCGUUCGCGCCUAUCCGCCUUCGGCAGCCUUGUCUGCCAAAACGCGAUCGCGCCUGAAGAAGGCGCUCAGAGAAUCGCUUGGCCUCGAAGCGCAUUUCGCUUCCAUGAGAGCUGGGUCUCAUGAUGACAAUGAUGAUUCAAAUGCUGCCAGCAACACAAAGGUUGCGGAUCGAGAGCCUCAGGGAGAACAGGCAAUGGAGGGAACAUCCGCGAAGAAGGACAUCGACGUCCGGAAGAGUAUCAGCGCAAUGCUGUUGACCGAAGACGACAGAUAUCUGGACGAGUUGGUCAGCGCGGUUGCUCGGAUCGGGUUGGAGGACUUGGCGCCGGAGCAGAUCCCACCACCACAAGAUGAGGUCGAGGGCGGGGGCGAGGUCGAGUCAAAGCCUGCGUCACCAACGAAGUCUGUGGGCGUUUUGGCUUCCGGUGCACAGUCAGACACCGCGUCCUCCGCGGCUCUGCAGACACAGCUCUCGGCAGCGCUCUCUGACCUGGCCUCUCUCCGUGCACAACUCGAGCUAUCGCAGACCCACUCGUCAGACCUCGAAUCGCAACUCGCGAUCCAGGCUGCCGCGCACAGCCGCACAACACGAACCCAGGCGCUGCUCGAAACAGAUCUCGCAGCCCUCAAGGCGGAGAUGGCGGGCAUGGAGUGGGUCUCUGUCCCAAAUUCGCACGUCCUCGACCUCUCCAAAGUCACCCCGCUCUCCAACCUGUUGCCCUCUUUCUAUAACUCUUCCUCCGACGAAAUUUGCUUCCGCAAUGGCAUCCGAUACGUCAAUUGUCAACCGGACAACAACUCUCUCGUCAAACUCGACUCUACUGCCCGAAAAUCUCUCCAUCAGUACCUGCUUGAAAACCACGAUCAACCCAACGUCGUCCAAUCCUUGGUCUACAUCAUGCUGCUGGAUCUCGAUCGCGAUCUACACCAAAGCUACGACGCUGGUGCUGGUGAGGAUCAAGAAUCGAGCCUCCGACAGAUUGUUGAUCAACCUCGCGCAAAGCAACACGGUAUAGAGAUCAGCGUCGAUGACAUCGAUCCCAACAUCAACGGUCCAGCAGUGGCGAAGAAGUUGGGCUCACCGAAUGUGACCCGGAAGGAGGAAGAGUGUUACGCGGGUUGGUUGAGGGAGAAAUUUUUUGGGGAGGGAGAGGUGGACACGGUGUUGAACGAGUUGUACGUGCGACAUGUGGCGAUUACGCAGGAUUCGAAGAUCUGGGAAGUGCGUAGUGUGACUGGGUGUUAUGACGAUGAGCAGACGGAGGAGACGAGAAGGAAGAAGGAUUUGGAUGAGGGGGAUGACGUGGUGAAGGUUCAGGGUCCGGGGAUUCAUCUGUUGAAGGAGAGGUCGAUGAGAGAGGAGGAUAGAGACGGAGAUGGUAUUGAGGAUGAUAUGGAGGUGUACCAUCCGAUCUUGGGGACACACAUGAAGGACCCCUGGGAGAAGUAUCGAAGGUUUGCACAGCAUGGUGGGGAAAUAGAGAGUGGGGUGUUUGGGUAUCGAAAUAGGUCUCUCCAAGGUUGUGGACGGGUUGGAGGACUCCAGCAUCAUCGUCACUCAAAGCGAGGCGGGGCAAAUGGUGGUGGAAAGGACGUCAAGCCCUACAUUCCCUCAACAACUCCAUUCGGCGCUGAUCAGGGCUACAGCGACAACCUUCCCUCUGCACCUGUCGAUCAAUCCACUGCGGGAGCUGGCUCUAGUUCCUCCUCCACCGAUGGCGGCUCGGCCAUCUCCAGCAAACCGCACGGAUUCGCCGCCUCGGUCACCGGCGGAGGCUCCUCCACCCCCGUCAUCCCCAAAGACAUCCACGAGCUCGUCCAGCUCCUCUCGUCCCCUCAACCCCAAGUGAUCCACCUCGACAAGGUCUACGACUUCCGCACCUCCGAAGGCACCUGCAACAACUGCGCCGGCUGCAUCCCCGACUCCUACCCCAAGUGUCCCUCCCAAGGACAACUCGCCAUCGACAACGGUCAGGGUUGGUGCAAGGGUAAGCCGUCCAAGACCGUCACGUACGACAAAGCUGGCUUGAAGCCCAUCGAGGUGAAAUCGAACAAGUCCGUCAUCGGUAUCACCGCGGACGCCGCAGUGCGAGGCAAGGGGUUGAGGAUCGCCCACGCCAAAAACGUCAUUCUGCACAACUUUCGGAUCGAUCAGAUCAACCCGCAGUACAUCUGGGGUGGUGAUGGCGUUACGCUCUACGACACGGAUCUCGUGUGGAUCGACAAAAUCACGUUCUCCCUGAUCGGAAGGCAGUUCAUCGUCACGGGGUAUCAGUCAGCGGGAAGGGUGACCAUCUCAAACUGUCUGUUCGAUGGUGCUACGAAGUGGUCUGCCACGUGCGACGGAGCUCACUACUGGACAGUGCUCGGAUACGGUUCUGGCGACAAGGUGACAUUCUCGGCAAACGUGAUGAAGAAUUGUUCGGGGAGAUCGCCACGUAUCGCAAACCCAAACGAAAAAGGUGGACAGGAAGCCGUCUGGCAUCUGGUGAACACCGUGUUCACCCACAACUCGGGUCAUUCGUUGGACAUGGGUCCCGGCAUCUCGGCUUUGAUCGAGGGUAAUGUGUUCAACGAUGUUGCGCAGACGAGCUUGCACGAAGCCAAUCCGGGCAAGGCGUUCGCUCCGAGUGACCAGGCGGUCUGCACCCAGUGCAAGGGCCCGCUGGGUAGGAACUGCCAGCCGAACGCGUAUCAGAAUGCAAACCCGGUGCCGAGCACGACGAGCCCUGCGGAUGUCUUGAAGGACGUCGCGGGGGAAACGAUGGGAGGAGCACUGCCGCCGGGUCAGGUGAUGCAGAGUGUCGGGCAGAAUGCUGGUUGCGGUGGGAAGGGUGCAGGUGUCGUUGGGCAGGAUGCUGGAGGUGAUGGCAGCGAGCGAGAGGGAUACGGCAGCACGGGAGGAGCGGUGCAAGUGCCACAAGGUGCCGCUGGCGCUGCACCUGAUGUGGGUUCUGAAGCGUCACCCGGGGCCGGACAAGUCGGUUCGGGUGUUGGCAGCGCUUCGAGUGGCGCCUACAUGCCUGGUAUUGGCUGGGCUGGCUCUUCUGGAACCUCGGCUGCUGUUCAGCAGGAGUCGAGACCUGGCCAGGCCAUCGCAGGAGGUACCUCAACCCUGAGUCCGAGCAGCGAUGGCAGUGCUCCCAGCUCAGAUGGCCAACAACAGCAGGACGAACAGGAAAAGGCCCAAGAGAAGGCGUUGAAGAAGCAGCAGAAGGAGGAGCAAAAGAAGCAUGAGAAGGAGCAGCAGCAGCAGCAGCAGCGCUGA